AUGGUUUCUUCUACCUCUGUCUCUGACAAGAAGGGUUUUGAGUCUACAGCUCCACUGUUAGCAAAGCUCUCGUUCAACAAAAUUUUCUCGUCAGCUGAAGGCAUUCGUUGUCAGAAAAAAGGUUUAUACAUCCUGUGUCUGUGGAGAUCUUGUUCCGAUUGA